AUGCCUACAAACGCUUUAGCACUCCCAAUGCCCUGUGAUAUAUUGGACGGUUGCACACUGCGUAAUCCGUGUCAGUCGCGUACGUCGCAAGAUUCUUCGAAUGAACCACAGCCAUCCACUUCACACUGGGACAAUCAGCUUUGUUUCGUAACCAACGAAUUCUUCGAGGAAGCAGUGAAGUUGCGUUCGUUACGAAGACAAAUUUUGCAGGAAUAUAGGAAGGAUGCAGAUUUGAAGUACGAUUUUUAUAUUGAAGAGUACACAAUUCAGUCUGAAGUGUACAUGGAGAGCGAGCCGUUUGAUAAUCAGAAAGGCGGAUCGCUCAAAUGGCGAUUGAGGAUUUAUCCGCGUCUGCCUAUGGAUGAUGGCCAUGAAUAUAUUGGUGUGUUUUUACGACUUGAAGAGUGCCAACACAAAAGAGUAAUGGCUUCGUUCCGCUUCUCAUGGGUUUACAGUCUCGACGAUACCGACGAAGUCAUUCAGUAUGUCGAGACGCCGUGUGCACAGCUCUUUUAUAAGAACAAAACACUCGGUUAUGCAAAAUUCUUGGAUCGUAAUGUGGUGAUGGAAACAUUGCGCGCCUUUAAUCAGCAGCCUUACGAUGACGACGAUUAUGAUGAGUUCGAUGGUGAAUUCGGCAAUUUACAUCUUGUUUGUGAGGUUCGAUUAUUACUCUCAAGAAGCUUGUUGUGA